AUGUUCAACUUUUCAAGCCUUGUGCAGAAGGCCCAAUCGUUCAUUGACCCUACACAAGCCCUCAACAUAUCUGCGUCCGACCGCAAUCCUGCGAAAUCCACGCUCUUCCGCCAUCAGUUUCGACUGCCGGAUACACAAACCCCUCUACAAGAGAUCAAUGCGGAGCUUACAAUCAGUCCGCCCAUCGCAUAUGCUCCAAAUGCCACACAAGGGGAGAAAGACAGAGAUCGGGACAGAGGCUAUCAUUACGCUGGGAAGCUCCAUCUGAGUGAAGCUUACCUGUGCUUCUCAACACAGCCUACAAGCUUCCUACAGACAGCAAGUACGAGCACAUCAUCUGGAUUCACCGGGCAAACACAUGGUGCCGGACCUGGUGGCAAUGGUUUUACGCUUCCCUUAUGUGCUAUCAGACGUGUCGAGCGGCUGCAUAGCCAAAGCUACCAGUUUGCCUUGGCGAUCACGACAUGGAAUGGAAUCAGCAAUACACCCGCAACCGACUCAAAAACUCCCGUCUACCAGCAGAAGAUCACAAUACAACUCGCUGGCACCCGCCAGGCUUGUGAAAGGUUUUGCGAUGGGUUGAAAAAGGGCCUCAAAUCAGGCGUGGGCGAUGUUGGCAAGUUGAAAAGAGUGGUCUCAGAGUGCUACUCGGAACAUUUGCUUUCUGGCGAUAGCAAGAAAUCUGAUCCACCCGAUGCAGGACUGGGCAUGAUUUUCAAAUAUCCUGGGGAUGCCAAGAAGCUACGCGAUAGAAGCAAGAUGAGGCUAUGGGCAGAGUAUCUACGAGAUAACGGACGGAAUGUCACGCUGAUACGUCAGCCAACGUUUCACAAGCUCAUCCGUGUCGGAUUGCCGAAUCGGCUCCGAGGAGAGAUAUGGGAGCUGACAUCUGGAUCUUUAUUCCUACGCUUGGAGCAUCCGACGCUAUACCAAGAAACUUUGGCAAAAUUCGAGGGUAGAGACUCUCUUGCGAUUGAUGAAAUCGAGAAAGAUUUGAACCGAAGUCUUCCAGAAUAUCCCGGAUUCCAAAGCGAGCAAGGAAUCGGUCGUCUGAGAAGAGUACUCACAGCCUAUAGUUGGAUCAAUGAGGAGGUCGGAUACUGCCAAGCCAUGAACAUCGUCGUUGCAGCGUUACUCAUAUACAUGUCGGAAUCUCAGGCGUUCUUUCUCCUGUCUGCGCUCUGUGACAGACUGCUGCCGGGAUACUAUUCAACGACCAUGUACGGCACGUUGCUUGAUCAACGAGUUUUCGAGUCCCUCGUGGAGAAGACCAUGCCAAUCCUUUGGGACCAUCUGGUUAAAUCAGACGUUCAGCUUUCCGUUGUCUCCCUGCCAUGGUUCUUAUCACUAUAUAUUAACUCGAUGCCUCUGGUCUUCGCCUUUCGCGUUUUAGAUGUUUUCUUUCUCGAGGGCCCAAAGGUCCUAUUUCAGGUUGGACUGGCCAUUUUACGUAUUAAUGGGGAGGAACUUCUGGACGCCACCGAUGAUGGCGCUUUCAUAUCUGUGUUAAAAUCAUACUUUUCAAAAUUGGACGAAUCAGCGCAUCCAAAAUCGGAAAAUGUGAAGCUCAGAGCAGUUACUCGCUUCCAAGAGCUUAUGGUUGUCGCCUUCAAAGAGUUCUCGGGCAUCACACAAAGCAGUAUCUCGGAACAGCGGAUGAAGCAUAAGGAUAGUGUCCUGAAUAACAUAGAGAGCUUCGCAAAACGAACUUCGAUACGCAACCUGGGCCCAGAUAGCAAACGACUGAGCGUUGAUGAGCUGGGUGCCCUAUAUGAUAGAUUCUAUGGAAUACUGUACGAGCGGCAGCAGAGAAAUCAAAUGAUACAAGAAGAGGCGGAAAGGCGAGCGAAAGCCAGCAGAGCAAUGGCAGCCGAAGUCGUCAACGGGCUUUCUGAGACUCAGAGUAUCGAAAAGGGUCGUGUGGGCUUAGGACCAAGCCCUACGCUGAUGGACUACGAUGGAUUUCGGGAGUUCCUUGCGGGGAUGGCUAAGUGGGCUAUCACCGAUUCCCCAUCAUCUCCGGAGAAGGAGAACUUCUCAGAGCGGGAGAAGCAUUCAUAUUUUGGUAAUAGCGUGCGACGCAGGGAGCUGUCACCAUGGGGUGGUAAGCCCGAACCAGCGGACCACGAGUUUAUGCAGCGACUAUUUCGACGAUGGGAUGUGGACAUGAACUCGGCUUUGACCUUACAGAAUGUCGUUGCCGGUUUGGCCCAUAUAAAAGGGAAGGGGGAUAUUAUGGGCAGUAUCACAUACUUCUUCGAGCUUUACGACGACGAUGGCGACGGGAAAGUUGAUCGCGAGGGGAUACUACGGAUAUCUGAAGCGCUUCUCUUCCUGUCUCGUAGAGGGCUAGAAGGUUCAUUGACCCCGUCGAGUUCGAUGACAGGUUUGAGCGAGUAUGAAGCUGGAACGGGGGGUCUAAUUGAUGGAGCUCAAGGAAGCACAAACGAGCGGUUUCUCAGCAGCGUCAGUGCCUUCAUCCGACGAUGUUUUGAAUACGCCGACCCAGAUCAUCCACAAAAUCACGAAGACACUCCAAAUAACAAAAACAAUUCCGGCGUUGGCAAAGACAGUGAUGACGGGGAAGAUCUCCUUGAUCUCGGCUCACCAGAUACUGAAACAGCUCCAUCGAGAGGCAAUAAGCCCACCGGUCUUGCGGCCGUACCACCCCCCUCAUCAAAUCCAGUGGGCAUAGAGGCCCGACGAAGCUCCUCCAAGGCCCAAGCCGCAGCCGCAAAUGCGGCGCUAGACCCCUCCAAACCACUGCACAUUACGCUCCCGACUUUCCGCAUGGUCGUACUUGCCGACGAGCUCCUCGAGCAAUUCUUCGAAUCUUCCUUCCCCGCCUCCUUCCACAUCACCGACAAAAUCGCUCCUACGCCAGUUACCUCUUCGUCCCCCCUCACAACGUUCGCCAACCUCGGUUUCAACCGCCGGACCGCAACUCCCACGACUGCGGGUGUAGGCGGCACUGGAUCAGCGGGUCUCGUGCCCCCCGGCAAAGGCCUCCGCGGCGUGCUCGACAACAUUGUCACGGACGGCAUGCGCGUGGCGGCUGAGGUACGACGCCGGAUGGAUGAGGCGCAGAAGGAGAUGGAGAAGAAUGCCCUGCAGCGACCCGACGACGACGAUGAAGAUGACGACGGGUACGAGUCUCGAACACCUGGUGGAUAUGGUGCAGAUGCCGAGCGCAGGAGUGUCCGGAGUGAAGAUCGGGAUCUGCUUGAGGGCGCGGAUGCAGAGGCAGGGAGCAGUAAGGGUCAGGAUGGUGUCAAGACGACGAACUUGAGCCCGGUUAGUUCUGGAUCAGGAACGGGAGCUGGAGGCCGGUCAAGGAGCGCUAGUACAGCUACGCAGAAGGUGGUGGAGUUUGAGCGGUGA